AUGUCUUUGGUGGAAUCUGAGUCCGCUUUGAUUCGAUCUCCCUUAUUGAAACGAUCCGGGACUAUGAGGGUGAUGACUCCAGCAAAGCUAAAUCUUGAACGUAUUUAUGAACAGAACCGACAACGACUUCAGAAGAGAGAGGGCAGCAGUACAAAGCUGCCUGACAGUCUGAUCGAUGCUUCCUCCAAGGGCAAACCCAGGUUGCUCCUAAUGGGCCAACGCAGGAGUGGCAAGUCAUCUAUAUCAAGUGUAGUGUUUCACAAGCUGCCGCCAAAUGAGACGUUGUUUCUUGAAUCAACAGCACGAAUUCAGAAAGAUUCCAUGGCAUCUUUCAUGGACUUCCAAGUAUGGGAUUUUCCCGGACAGAUCGAUUACUUUGACAGUCCAAAUUUCGAUAUGGAUGCCAUCUUUGGAGAGAUAGGAGCUCUCAUCUGGGUCAUCGACGCACAAGACGACUACAUGGAGGCCGUAUCGCGGCUGAACCAAACAAUCAUAAAUCUCCAGCGUCAUUAUCCAAAUAUCAACAUCGAGGUCUUCAUCCACAAGGUUGACGGCCUCUCGGACGACUACCGGCUCGACAUCGAGCGCGACAUCACGAUUCGAAUCCAGGACGAGCUGUCGGACCAAGGUUUUGAGAAUGCCCCGGUUAGGUUCCACUUGACGUCCAUCUACAACCACAGCAUCUUUGAGGCCUUCAGCAAGGUCAUCCAGAAGCUGGUUCCACGGCUCGGUCAGCUCGAGGCCAUGCUCACGUCGCUCUGCCGCACCUGUCGGUUCGAAAAGGCGUACCUGUUCGACAUACUCUCCAAGAUCUACAUCGCCACCGACAACGCCCCCGCCGAUAUGGCAUCGUACGAAAUAUGCUCCGACUACAUCGAUGUCGUCGUCGACGUAAUCGAGGUCUAUGGCUCAUGGAGGCGGCCCGCUGACUAUGUGGCCAAGCUCGAGGCCGACCAGGGCGGCCAGAAGCUCGAGGACCAGGUCGCCUGCAACUGGAACGAAAGCUGCAUCGUGCUGGCCGACGACGAGAAGCCCGUCAUGCUGCGCGAGGUCGACAACUGCCUGGCCCUCGUGGCCAUCAUGAAGGAGGGCACCUACGACAAGAUGCCGCUCGUAAACAUGAAUGUCGACGUUGUGGUCAAGGGGUUGACGGAGUUUUUCAACAUCACCAAGCCUCGCAAAUGA